GGGGCACUUAACGUCUCCGUAACAAGUACUCGCCGUGUGGCUAUUAUACAGUAUUACUGAAGAGUCGAGUGGGAAGGUUAUCCCAAAUAAUCCAGUCGUCUCCACGGAGGAGGCUUCAGAUGAAUGGACAAGGACUACCUCACUUAACACACAGGAGUAUAGUAAUGUAAACAAUACAGAAAAGGACAGGCCAUUGCGAUUAGUAAUAUAAACAAUACCCAUUGUAUUCAUCUUCUCGUUAUGUUGAUGUGCAGACCUACCUCGCAUUUCCAGAUUUGUAGUGAUUUCAUUGGAUAGUUGGUCGACUGGAAUAGCCAGAGGUGGCAAGGCAGGACCUGUAUUUAUCGUCCAGUUUUGAAGUUUUCGUCGACGUUUUUUCUCCGUUUAAUUUUAGUGAUCUACCUCUCUUUCCAUUUAUGAGUGGAUGUAUCAAAUAUGGCGAUGCAAAAAUUUCGCGCGAUGGACGAUGGGGAGUAUGAAGGAAAUAGCAAGAUUAGUGUCAAUAAGCGGCUUCUCUACUUCCUGUUGUUUCUGUUAUUAGUGGUUCCGAUCAUUGUGGGAGUCCUCGUGUUUUACUUGGCACCACAGAGGUCAUGUGACACCUUACCAAACAUAGAAGGAGAAACGGAUGCCAACACCGGUCCGGAAGUCACCACCGCUACCAGUACAACAGAAGAGCCGAACUUUGUUGGCGAACCAUGGAAAAACCUUCGUCUUUCCCGGUAUAUAAUUCCUGUUCAUUACGACAUCACACUUUAUCCGGAUAUAUACCACGGACAUGGAUGGUUUUACGGAAACGAAUCUGUAGAAAUCCGCAUCACCAAGGAUACGUCCUAUAUUUUGAUACAUUUCAAUUAUAUGAACAUCACAAAGACAUCCCUUAAGAACAAUUCAACUGGAGCUACCAUUGCAAUAAAACGGACAUUUUCGUAUGAAGAGAAUCAGUUCUGGGUUAUCGAGACCGUAUCCCCGUUGAAGAGUGGUGCUAUAGUUUGCCUAGAGACACAGUAUGACGGCUCUCUUACCCGGUCCAUCGUUGGACUGUACAAAAGUCGAUAUGUGAAUUCUGUCACGGGAGAGACAAGGUACCUCGCCACGUCCAAGUUUGAGCCAGUCGACGCUCGACGUGCAUUUCCAUCCUUCGACGAGCCAAAUAUCAAAGCCCAAUACACUAUUCACUUGGUCCACCAGCCCGGGUAUACAGCAUUGUCGAACAUGCCGGAAGUGUCAACAGUUCCCUGGUCCGAUGAUUCGAGUCUGAUGCUGACGUCAUUCCAGAGGUCGGUCGACAUGAGCACCUAUCUCGUCUGCUUCAUCGUCUGUGAUUUUGAUUUUCUAGAGUCCAGGACAAAAUCCAACAUUCCUGUGAGGACAUUCGCCACCCCAGACAGAGUCAACCAGACCAAAUUCUCUCUUGACAUCGCUGUACAUUCGAUGGAUUUGUAUGAAGAACUCUUCAAUGUGUCGUAUCCCCUACCAAAACAAGAUUUGAUAGCGAUUCCCGACUUUGUAUCCGGCGCAAUGGAGCAUUGGGGUCUCAUCACCUUCCGGGAAACCAACAUGCUCUUUGACCCGGAAGAAGCCUCGUCUGCCAAUCAGCAACGAGUAGCAGUUGUAGUGACGCACGAGGUGGCACAUCAGUGGUUCGGUAAUAUCGUCACUAUGGACUGGUGGGAUGAUCUUUGGCUCAACGAGGGAUUCGCUAGUUUCAUGGAGUACUUGGGAGCGGCCUCUUUCAAACCGACAUGGGACAUGAUGGAACAGUUUGUGACGGAGGAUGCGCAGCCGGUGAUGCUGAUAGAUUCCGGUAUGGCCUCUCAUCCAAUCAUCGUCGAGGUUACAAGCCCUAAUCAGAUCAACGAAGUAUUCGAUAGAAUAUCGUAUAGCAAGGGAGCAAGUGUAAUCCGGAUGCUUGAAUCAAUCAUGGGCAAGGACACAUUCUUUGAAGGUGUUAGCAAAUACCUGAAGAAAUAUGCCUGGGGAAAUGCAAAGACUGAUGACCUAUGGGCCGCGUUAGGCAUGGCAGACGAGACCGUCGGGUUAUCAGUAAAGGACGUUAUGGAUACAUGGACACGCCAGAUGGGUUUACCAUAUGUCGACUUGACCUUCAGCUUUACGGAGAACAAAGUCACGGCCGUACAGAAACGUUUUCUUGCCGAUAAUUCAAUGCAGUAUAAUGCUACUGAUUCGCCAUACAUGUACAAAUGGUAUAUACAUUUAGACCACGUGUCAAAUACCGGAAGCGGGAAGCCCGUCUGGAUAUCUAAAAAUGAAGAUUCUGUUGAGUUUGAUAUUAGUGUCAGCCCACAGAUGAACCAGUCAGUGUGGUUCAAAUUCAACGUGAACCAGACAGGGUUUUAUCGAGUGAACUAUCCAUCAAACCUGUGGAUGAGGUUUGCUACUAUGUUACAGAACGGAGGACUGCGGGAAUUAUCGAACGUUGACAAAGCUGGACUGAUAAAUGACGCCCUCAAUUUUGCACGAGCUGGCCACGUUCCCUAUGACGUUGCACUCAGUAUGACGUUGUACCUUGACAAAGAACACAAUCAUCUCCCAUGGGAGAGCGCCUACACAGCGUUCGCCUAUAUUUCGUCUAUGUUCCAAUAUGGCGGAUCAUACGGGCCCUGGAGGAGAUAUGUCGUGAUGAAAACAAAGCCAGCUCUAGAGAUGCUAGGAUGGACUGAUACUGGUACUCACCUCCAAAAAUUAAUGCGGACGAACUUGAUCGCUCUGGCAUGUGGACACUCCGAUUCGGACUGUCUCGAUAACGCCACUGCCCUGUUCAGGGCUUGGCUGGACGAAGGACAAGUCAUCCCUCCAAAUCUACGUCAGCUUGUUUACAGAUACGGUAUGGAGAAUGCUGGGACGGAUGAAGAUUGGAAUACCAUGUGGGAAAAAUAUACUACCGAAACGGUCCCGCAGGAGAAAACAAAACUUCUGUAUGGCCUGUCUCGGACAAAGAAAGUAUGGCUGUUGUCAAGGUACCUUGGAAUGACGAAGAAUGAAUCCUUGGUGAGGUCGCAGGAUUUCUUCACAGUGUUGAUUUAUAUUUCCGCGAACCCAGUCGGCCGUAGCCUCGUUUGGAAUUGGGCCAGACAAAAUUGGGAUUAUCUCGUCGGCAGGUUUACUUUGUAUUCACGAUCACUUGGGAGACUGAUACCACGUGUUAUCACUACCUUUAACACAGAAUUCCAACUUGAGGAGGUUCUUGACUUCAUUAAGAAAUACCCGGACGCAGGAGCGGGGGCAAGAUCACGUGACCAGGCCUUGGAAACGGUGCGUAGGAAUAUUGCAUGGAUGGAACGCUACCAGCCAAUCAUUACAGAGUGGCUAUGUCGUCAGGUGACCUGCUGAAAGAAAAUAGAUCAGCCAUUAAAACGGGUGGCAAUUUACAUUAUUAUGGCUGUCCUUAUAAUGUGUUAAACUAAUCACGUGACAGCUAACUCCGUAUCAUGAUAGUGUUAUAAAAAAGGAUAUAGAAUGUCAACAUAAAUUUACCACAAUUUGAAUCCCUAAAUUGAACGAGAUUGAUACGGAUUUUGUAAAUCUAUUCUCUGUUCAGAUCAAUUUCAAGCAGUAUAAGAAAAUUCAGCGUGCUUGUUUUGUGUAUAAUGUAAUAUAAAUGUAAAUAUAUGUACAUAUUUAGGUACUUUUAUCUACAGGAAGCUUGUGGCCCCAUGGAGUUACUCUGUGGAUAUUAUGAUAUAAUUUAUUAUGAUGUCAAUGUACUUAACACUAAUCACAAUAAAGAUAAUAAAUAGCAAUUACAUGUGCCAUGAACGAAGACAUGAAAAGUGUCCCGUAUCUAUCUUUUAUUUUUGACCCAUCAUUGUGUAUGAAUACAUGUGUGAGAGUGUAGGAAUGACAAUGACAAGACAUGUAUAUAAAACAUGAAAGAAUAAAAAUAUGAAAU